UACCUCUUAUGCCUGAUGAGGAUAAAACCUUUAGUGGCUCUUUAGUUUUGGUUUUGAGAAUUUGAUGACGUCACCUGCACACACUCCACUGAUAUCUUAGACUCCAUUAUUGGCCGCUGUUCGGGAAGUGAGUCCGCGCUCCUCUGUCGAGGAGGAACUUAGACAGGCCCCAGAGAGCGAUGGAAAUUGAGCCUGAAUUUAUCAUUCGUAAACGUGAAAUUGUUGGUAAUUCGUUCAUUUGAUGAAAAAGUCAGAACGUUAAAACUUCCGGAGAAAAUUAGCAUCAGAACAGAUGGGACUGUUUGUGCUGAUAUCAACCCGAGCUUAAUCAACGUGUGGUAUCAUAUACAUGAAACUGACAGCAUAAGGGAAAAAAACAAUUUUCAUUUCUCUCGGCGCGAAUUUUUUGAUCUUCUCCUCUUUGUUGUGGUCAACAAUUAUCGUUUAUGCCUCUUAAUCCACGUCCUUAAUUUUUGCAGGGGUACUUGUGAUGGUCUAAAGAAAUCAAUGAACAAUAGCUUUAGUUCACAGGAAGUUUUAACAUCGUGUGAGAAACUUUGCGGAAAUGGUGAUCGAAAGUAUUUUGCCCGAGUGAACAAAUAUAACGAAACUUUCGUUCUUUUAAAUUGUUUUGCUAGCCCGAUACACGUAAAAGAAUGUGUUUGCUAUAAGUAUCAAGCAUAUUGAAUGUCCGUGUUCUUUUUCGAAUUUAAAAAUGUCUUGCGCAAGUCAGUUAACUAGCGGCGGCUUUAGGUUCUGUUUUGAUGCAAUCAAAAGUCUCAAGGCCGUACACCUAGUUUCGCUUUUAAUUUUCCAUAUGGUUGCCAUACAUUCAGUCUUGUAAUGUUAGUUCCGAGAGAAUGUGGUGUUAGUUUUUCAAGGCUAUAUGUCGUAUGGUUGACAACGUCCGCUGACAGGUGUCCUCUGGUCUUCAAGAAGGAAUCACCUCUCGAUAGAUUAUUUCGUUUGCCACGAGAAGGCCUUGAUAUUGCUGAGCUCUGCGUCACUACAUCGCUCCUUAACAUGCACAUCCCUGGCAGUUAUUAUUUCCUCUUGAUCCCUGGCAGACUAAGCAAACCUGGGUUUAUUUACCCCGCUCGAAAUGGACUGUAUGCUCUUCUGCUUAGAAUUCAUAAUUUGCUCGUGUCUGUUUUCUCUAAUCUAGGAUUCGAAACAAUGAAUAUGUAUUUGCAACAUAGCGCCAUACUUGGACAAGAGAGAUGUACUGAAAAAAAUUAGCAACGAACGAUCGGAUCCUUCGUCGAAAUUCUAACAAAAUUCAAGUGAUUUUGAGAAGUUCUUCCUUUUUCGAUCUAAUGAAUAAAUCAUGUGCUGCUCAUUAAAGCGCACUUUAUUUCACACCUUAAGUUUGACCACCUGUUCGUACGAAAAGCAGGACACAAUGAAACCAACCACGCACUCUUAUCUUUCUGUUUGCACAAAGCCUGACAAUCUUCAAACGAUCGGAGAUGUCAGAGUGCUUUGCGCAUACCAUUCUUAUGCAAAUGAAUCGAAAACUUACAAAAAUUAAACAUAAAUAUACCGUUUUCUUUGAUAGCUCAACCACUACCUCAGGUAAAAUAUUAAUUUCAAUAAAAAAUGAAAGUCCUAAGUAGUUUCAAAGUUUCCUUUUUGUGUCAAUUACCUCAGAUAUCGCAAAUAUUCCGCCAUUUUUUUCCAGGUAAGAAAUGGGUGCGAAAUUCUAAAAGUCGCUUCUCGCAUUUCAAAACAAAGCAUAUACACGCAUGCGCAAUUCCUCUCCACUCAUUCGAACCUAUAAUUGUUACAAGGGAAACGAUCUUGUAAUUAUUAUCAUAGCCAUAAAAUGCGCAACUACAAAUCGACCUUCGGCGUGACGGAAUGUCGCGGAGAAAUAAUUCUACACUGAAACAAAAACGUGAAGCAAGGCGUUGGAAAGAAAAGAAACUCAAGGGAAUGUGAAUGUGGUUUUAAAGGAAAAAAGACCAAGAAUUUAUGUGGUGAAGAACUGAUUUAAUUUGUGCAUCGCUUCCAUGAUGCCUAAUGGUGGACCGGGGUCGAAUCCUUCCAGCCGACGUCCCUCGCUUCGACCGCCAAGUCCAGGGUCGGAUGCGGCAGUGACACAGUUGCAGCCCCGCAGAGGCUCCAGGGUGCUCUUUGAUACCAAGACUCCUCCGUCAAUUCUGCGAUGGGAAAUUUUAAACCGCGUUCUGGCGCUGUCUGUAAAGGGAGAUUGGCCGGCAGUUGACCAACAUCUCAACAGCCUGGGACGAAACAACAUGGAAAUAUCGUCGGCCGAGAUGGAAGACAACGGUUUAACUCCGUUGAUGUUAGCGGCCCGGGACAAUAAACACAACAUCGUCGAAAAACUUCUUGAGCUUGGCGCUGUAGUUACCGACCGAGAUAAGGGGGGACGCUCAGCUUUACACUAUGCCUCUUCCUCUGGUUCAGACGGAAUCGUCAAACUUCUUCUCUCGAAAAAGGCGGAUGCGAGUCUCACAGCAGGGCCUGAAGAGCAGCUGCCGCUGCACAUGGCCUGCAGCCGCCCCUCUGGCGCCGUGGAGAUUGUCAAAACGCUCCUAAAAGCGUCUGGGAAGGAUGCCAAACUCACAAGUGACAAAAGUGGAUCUAUCCCACUGUACCUCGCGAUCGUGGCAGGAAACCAACAAGUCGUGAAAGAGCUGCUUGGUUCCCAAGCUGAACAACAAGUCAAGAUCACCCGAGGGGCCAGCGGAGACACCGUGUUACACGCCGCUGUACGAAAGAAAGACGUUGACAUUGCAAAGUUUCUUGUCGAAUUUGGCUGUCCCGUCGAUGUGCAAAACGCGGAGGGACAGACGGCCCUACACAUCGCUGCUUAUGAAGGAGAUGAGGCAAUGAUCAAAUUUCUUCAAACAACUCGCGUCGACGCGAACAUCGCCGAUUCACACGACCGCACGCCACUACACUUGGCGGCUCAAAGAGGUCACUCAGUCGUAGCUGAGUUCUUAGUGGACAAGCUGAAAGCAAACGUGAAUUUGAGAACAAAGGAUGGCAGCACAUUAAUGCACAUAGCAUCACAAGCUGGACACCCCGACACUACACUAGUGUUCCUCAAGAAGGGUGUGCCACUCCACAUGCCCAACAAGGACGGUGCUGUGUGUCUCCAUGCUGCGGCGAGAAAAGGUCACGUGGGUGUCGUUAGGGCGCUGCUGUCAAAGGGCGCCACUGUGGACACAAAAACAAAAGACCAAUACACCGCUCUACACAUCGCCGUGAAGCACUGCAAACCACAAGUAGUCCAAAUAUUACUGGGAUACGGUGCUAACGUUCAGCACAGAGGCGGAAAGGCCGAGGAGACGCCGUUACACAUUGCAGCGCGGAUCAAAGAUGGGGAUAAAGUGGCAGAGAUGCUGAUCAAGAGUGGAGCGGAUGUUAACGCACCGAGUGAUAAUGGAGAAACGGCUGUGCACGUUGCAGCGCGCUUUGGAAACUUGAAAGUGUUAAAGCUGCUCAUCAACGAGAAAGCGGAUACUGCAAGGAGGGCGAAGAAUGGUGAGUCUGCCCUACAUCACGCCAUCCGUGCUGGACACUACUCUGUUCUGGAGGAACUGAUCCGAGUUCUCUUCCAAGUGAAGUCUAAAGCUGUGGCCAAGCUAGUCAUCAAUAUGCCGACUGAUAAAGGCGAGACUCCUCUUCAUUACUCAGCCCAGCUCUCCAAGUCAAAGGUUAAAGGAAAUGCCGAUAUUGACAUCGUCCAACUACUCCUUGAACACGGUGCCGAUUGCACAGCGGUCACUCACCAGUCCAUGGAAACUCCAAUCCACGAGUGCGCACGCUCAGGAAAUAACGACAUCUUGAUCGCGUUACUAGAGUCCAUUCCCCCUUCCAAGCUGCAGGCCACGGUCAAUAAGCGAUCAUCGAGUGGUUCUUCGCCCUUGCUUGUGGCUUCUUACAAAGGAAACGUCGAAGUCGUUCGCACGCUGAUUAAGUACCAUGCCAGAGUUGAUGUGUUUGAUGAGUCCGGCCGUGCUGCUCUACACGUGUGCGCUGAACGAGGCCAUCUUGAUGUGGCUAAGGAAUUGCUCGAGCAUAAAGCUUAUGUGAACGCUAAAAGCAAGGUGGGACUCACUCCUCUCCAUCUGGCGGCAGAGAGCGGUCAUAAAGAGCUAGUCGGUCUUCUAGUCGCCAGUUACAAAGCAAGUGUGGACGCCUUCACACUGGAAAAGAAGACAGCACUGCAUUUAGCCGCGGAGAAGGGUCGACUGCAGGUCUGUGAGCAUCUUUUAGAGUUGAGAGCUGACAUCAGUGCGUUGGACAACAAAGGACAAACUCCUCUUCAUUACGCCGCACAAAACGAUCAUUCCGAAGUAGUGACGCUGUUCCUGAAUCGUAAACCUGGAGUCAUGAUGCAACAAAACGCGGAAGGCAGCACCUGUGUUCACAUCGCAGCGAUGAAAGGCAGUGUAUUAGUGAUGACAGAACUCUUGAAAUUCAACCCUUCAGGAAUUACAACAGCAAGAAACAAGCGUAAAUUUGCCACACCCCUGUUGCUGGCGGCCAGCGGUGGUCAUAAAGUUGUUGUAGAAGUGUUGAUAGCGCACGGAGCCUCGGCAAGUGAUGAAGAUGCGGAUGGGAUGACAGUUCUUCAUCUGGCAGCCAGGUUUGGUCACGUGGACGUGCUAGAGGUUUUGCGCGGGAAAGUUCCUUGGAGCAUGGCAAGCGUAAAGACUGGCUUGUCCGCUCUUCACGUGGCCGCCCAGUACGGUCAGAUCGAAGUAGUCAGAGAAAUGCUCCUAAAGGUGUCCGGGACAAUCAAAAGCGAGUCUCCUUCAAUGGUGGAUAACGGUGAAAAAGGACCACGCUCGGACUACUGUUUCACUCCGUUACAUUUAGCCGCACAGUCUGGUCACGUGGGUGUCGUGCGAAUACUGCUGAACUCGCCUGGAGUGCGCGUGGACUCGGCAACAGCCGUGCAGGGUUCCAUUCCUCUUCACUUGGCCGCAGAGAAUGGUCACUCUGAGGUUGUUAGCAUUCUGUUAAGUAAAUCAACACUACAGCUCCACGUUAAGGACAAGAUUGGACGAACAGCCAUGCAUCUGGCUGCCGCCAAUGGACAUAGAGAACUGAUCUCUCAGCUGAUCGGACAGGGAGCAGAUAUCAACGCGCCUGAUGAGAAUGGCUAUGCACCGAUGCAUAUGGCAGCCGAGGCGGGUCACGUUGAAGUCGUUAAACUGUUGGUGGAGUCUGGGGCGUCACCCAGGGCAGAAUCUCUGGAUGGCAAGUUUUCCAUUUGUUAUGCUGCCAUGCACGGUCACCUAACAGUAGUAAGGUAUUUACUGCAACAGGAACUCAACACCGAGCUGUUGUUAGCUGACCGGAAGUUCUUGUUUGAUCUGAUGGUUUGCUCAAACUUGGAUGAAAACGAGUCUGUCAUCGACUUCAUUCUCCAAUGCCCCGCACCAAUCUACGCCGCGGCCAAGCUCUCGAAACACUACCGGAACGAGUCGACGCGGGAAAAAGAGCGCGGCCGCGACCUGCUGGCGGCGGGAAACGUUUGUGAGAACAUUGCGUCCGAGCUGCUUUCCCUCGCAUGCGCAGAUAGCGCAGAGAAACUGCUGACGGCCGUUGACGACCGGGACGUACCAUUUCUGGAUUACCUGAUCGAGUGCGAGCAGAAAACCUGCGUAUCACACCCUUUGGUUCAGGUUUAUCUCGGGGAUGUUUGGCGCGGAGACUUUCAGUGGGAUGACUGGAAGUACUUUCUGUUGUUUACGCUGUGCCUGAUAUGUCCGCCGCUAUGGGCUUUCCUUUGUCUACCGUGGAACGUUAGGUAUCAUAAGAUACCGAUUAUUAAAUUCAUCUGCCAUCUGAUCUCUCAUUUCUACCUUAUUGUAUUGUUUAGCUUCACUGUCGUGGUACCGUGGGAGGAUUUGACUGGUGCAACGUUACUUCCCAGGUGGUACGAGUGGCUUUUAUUAAUCUGGUUAUCAGGACUAUUAUUAUCGCAGCUCACGGACCCCCACGACCGCGCGGGACUGGGUUGGAUCCCGAUCAUUGUGUUAUUUUUAAGCCUGAUCGGCAUUUUGCUACAUUUAGCGGCGUUUGGUUUCCAAGACCAGCACAGAAUCGACGUGAUAUACUCUCGGAACCAGUUUUUCGCGAUAUCCAUGAUGCUUUGCUUUGCGCAGUUGUUGGAUUUUCUCUCUUUUCAUCAUUUGUUCGGUCCAUGGGGGGUGAUCAUCCGGGACCUCAUGUACGACCUGGUGCGAUUCCUCGUAAUUCUAUCAAUCUUCAUGGUUGGCUUCACCGCUCACCUGGCAGCAGUCUACCGACCUAUGUCGACCUAUCAACCUAGUGAAGGCGGGAAUGGGUUGCAAAGCACGGCUGUGGACUUCUUUCGUUGCUUCGAACUGUUAUUUUUUAGUUUAUUCGGAUUAACAGAGGUCGACAAGCUAAAAGAUGGCGCCAAAGACAACUCCACGUUUAUGCUAGCCAAAGCUACGUUCGGGAUCUAUAAUGUGAUAACAAUCAUCGUUCUUAUUAAUCUGCUCAUCGCUAUGAUGAGCGACACUUACCAGCGAAUUCAGAUGCAGUCAGACAUUGAGUGGAAAUUCGGCCGCGCCAAGUUGAUCCGAAACAUGAAGCGUUCGACCACCACCCCCUCCCCCCUUAAUCUUGUCACCAAACUAUUCUCUUACUUGCGCUUGCUGUACAAGACGAAACUCAAAUGCUGCCGGGCGGACAUUAUUGAUAUUCUACGCACAGAUGAACAGCUUCCGGAAAGCACCUCGAUGAACCCGUUAUAUGAAACGUCCAACACGUGGCUUCCCAACGGAGGUCUUCGUCAUCGAAAUAGCACUCAGAGAAAUGCUCGAAUCGAGGAGGUUAUUGAUUGGAAGACCCUGGUGAAAAAGUUUUUAACUCUUCGAGGUAAUAGCAGUGAGGUCGCGACGCAUGGCCAAGCCAAUCGCGACAAACUUUUGUCGCCACGUGAGUCGCACGUGAACAUGAGAGGAAGAACCGAGUCCGCAAUGGGACCCGGCCGACCUGGCACUUCAAUGGGUUCCGCUAUGUCUCUCCAUCGUGUGGUGGCCGCGACGGUAAGGAAGAUUGACAUUGUGUCAAACAUAAAGGAUAUGAAUGACGCGGUUUGAUCCAGUUCUACAAAGUGAAUUUCUGUUGGAGUUAAGACUAUUUACGUCUAAAGAUGUUGUCCUGUGUCGCUCGGCCGGAAAACUGGCGACGGCAACAAAAGAGAGAACGUCACGAAACAAACGCUUUAACGAAGCGUGUAGUGAUUUUGCACGUGCGUUACACAUUUUCGUACUCUUGAAUCGUUUUUAAUUUAGCCGUCUUCAGCUAACUUGAACCACGAUGGCUAACAGGUCAUUUCUGAAUUGCCUUUGCUUUUGGAUCUGUGUGAAAACAAGUUUUGAUGCGAAACCAUUCAUGUGAAAAUUUGUUUCACCUGUGUGUUCAUUUUCGUGAAGAAAAAAAAAAAUCAUGUACAUAUGAAAAGUUUUGCACGAGGAAUGUUUUCAGACAGGAAGAAAAGGCAACUCAGAAAUGCUCUAUUACGGCAUAAUUGAUAAAGUAAGUGCUAUCUUUCCAUAUUCAGCUCGAGCUAGCUCUUGAGCGCAUAGACACUACCUAGAUAAUUGCGAAUUUACUGGGCGUUGUCUUUGUUGUCGCCUGUCCUCAUUGCGUAAGCCGACCAGAGUGUUUCCAUCAGAAUAGAAACCGUAAAUGUUGCGGUAAAAAUAGCAUACUAAACUAAGAGAUAUAACAGGGUCAGAGGGUUAAUCCCUUUGGAAAACAUCUCUCAAGUUAUCCCUCCGGAGGGUUUAGAAAUAUCUAAUCCAGUGACGAAGGCUUUGACCCCGUGGACGGCCCAAGCGGCUUUACACAUAUUGUCAUCCUGUACAAAAACAUCCAGGCAACGUGUGUAAUAGCAUUAUCGGUGGAAGAACUGGGUGUCAUACCUAAAAAAAACCUUAGAGGGAUAAUCAUGGGUAUAAGGCCUGUAGGGGAUUAACUCUUUUACUCUUCAUCCUCUCUUGACUAAACCAAUCAGAACUGAAAGCGAAAAUUCACGUAAUCCAAGUCACUAUCGGUUAUGGUCUUGAGCCUGAUUAGCCGAAAAAAUACCAUGUGCAAUCUGAUUGAACAUGCAGUGACUGUCUUUAAAAUGUGCGGGCUCAGGUUCUUCAGCUGUAUGAAGUCUGCCAAAGUGAACCAAAUAGAAAUGCACGUAAUUGCUUGUUUUGAGUUUUUAGCCAGUAAACAGGAAAAGAUACAAAAUAUUUGGAAUAAAUUGUAGAUUUUAAAGACUUGUUUUUGAUAGAUUUAUUUUGAUAUUCGUGAAACUACUAUUUAUUGUUAAAGGGACAAAUAGUUAAAGAGACAAACGAUAGAAACAUUUCUUAACGUACGUUAUUUAAUUCAUUCGUAGAAAUUAAGGUCUUUAGUUGCCCCUAGGUGUUCUCUUCCUUUCGCAGGCGAGCGCAAGGUCAGUACGCGUCAAAUCGGUUUGACUGGAAGGGAACGCCUGAACACUAGGCAGGUAGAGUUCAGUAAUCAUCUCGUGCUCUCGUAAAACCUAAACGUAGAACCGUAGCACGUUAAGAAGCGUGUGCAGCAUUUUUUGAAAGGAAUUGUUGACCGAGAUAGAGAGGACAUAAAACCAUUGUACACCGGUGCCUUUUUGCGUGUUGACUUCCUAGAACUGAGAACCUAGGGCGCUUUCCAUUCAACUAAAAAUGUCGAAAAUGUAGAAAUGGAGACAAAUGGUGGGAAAUUUCCUCGGAGAGUUUCCACAAAAACCGGAAAUUGUUGAAUUUCCGAAAAGUGGACAAUUCCACCGAAAGUUCCGGAAAUUUCGGGUAGAAAGUCAAAUGGAACGGAAA